CUCAUUAGCAUAUUGACGAAAACAAUAUGGCGAACACCGGUAUAUGGAUUUAAGUCUCGAGACAAUUCAGUCAAGAUUAGUAUAUAUUUCGUCAUUGAAAACACUUUGUAUUUGAUUAAUUUCACUCACAAUGGUGUUCGAAACCAUUUUGGUUGAAAUAAUCAACCGCUACUUGGGAGCAUUUGUGGAAAACUUGGAUAGUUCACAAUUGCAGAUUGGAUUAUGGGGUGCAAUACUUAACACGCAGGCCACAGGCGAUGUUGUUCUCAGCAAUUUAAAUCUCAAAGAAAGUGCCUUGGAUGACUUUGAUUUACCUGUGAAAAUAAAAGCAGGCCAUAUAGGUAAAUUGACCUUAAAAGUCCCAUGGAAGAACCUUUAUACAGAGCCAGUCAUUGCACAGGUUGAAGGCAUUUAUGCCUUGGCUCUACCGAAUGUUGCCAUUAAAUAUGAUGAAGAAAAAGAGGCCAAAGCCAUCCAGGAUACCAAACAAGCUGCACUUGCCAAAAUUGAAGAACUAAAGAAACUUGAGGCUGAGAAAGAUAAGCCCAAAGAACCUAAAAAUGACAGUUUUGUUGAGAAGUUUGCAACACAGGUCAUUAAAAACCUACAAGUCAGGAUAUCUAAUAUCCACAUUCGGUAUGAAGACAAGUACAGUAACCCUUCCAGGCCGUUUGCGAUGGGAUUCACACUCAGUGAGCUACUCUUUCACACAACAGACUCCAACUGGAAGGAGACAGUUAUCAAAGAGGCUGUCACACAAAUAUUUAAGCUUGUCAGACUGGAUUCUCUGUCAGUGUAUUGGAACAGUAAAGACAGGCUGAUACAGGAUCUAGACAGGAAAGUCAUUCUUGAUUCAUUACAAGAACUUUUUCAGGGCAAGCUCCAGGACAACAUUGCCAAGCAAGGAACAAAACCACAUUUACAAUAUUUGUUCAAGCCAAUCUCAGCUGUGGCUCACCUCAGGUUGAACACCAAGCCUGAACUCACAGAUUUCACUCUGCCUAAAAUUUUCUUGACCUUGGUAUUUGAUGAAAUAGCUGUGGGACUGUCAAAAGAUCAGUAUGAUGAUAUAUUAGAAUUAUUAGAAGCCAUAGAACGGAUGAGUCUGAUGGCCAGGUAUAAAAAGACAAGGCCUGAUAAACCAUACAAAGGGAAUGCAAAAUUAUGGUGGGUACACGCCUACUCUGCCGUACUGGAACAUACUGUCAGGCGUCGGAGGAAGAUGUGGAGCUGGCAGAACAUGAAGAGACACAGAAUGAUAGUGAGAGAGUACAAGGACUUGUACACUGUCAAACUGGACUCCAAAAAUAAAAUCACAGUGAAACAACAGGAACGUCUAAAGAAACUUGAAGAAGAUCUUGAUGUCUUCAAUAUUUCACUGUGCAGGAACCAGGCAGAGGUCAAUGUGGUGAAGCUGGGGAAGAAAAGAGAGGAAGAGGGCAGCCGUGGUUGGUUUGGAGGCUGGUUUGGUGGCGGCAAGAAAAAGGAGCAGGCCAAGCAUUCAUCAGGAAAAGAGGGCGACCUUGAACAAUUAGGGGACAAGUUUCAAGAAGAGUUUACAACAGAAGAGAAAGCUAAACUCUACAGUGCUAUUGGCUACGAUGAGAAUGCUAAAGAUCCAACUUACCCUGAAGAGUUUGUAGCAGUGAGGCUUGUGACAAAACUCAACAAAUUGUCUCUGACCUUAAUGGAAAAGAAAAAAAUCCCUGCACAAAGUCAACUACUCAAAUUGUCACUCUCAGAAAUCUGUGCAAGUUUUGGGCAAAGGCCUGCAGCCAAUGCCAUCAGGCUAGACCUGAAAGUGGACAAGCUUCGAGUGACUGGUGCACCAAGGAAAGAUUACACUCCCAGGUUGAUUAGCUCGUUUGGUGUAGCCACUGGAGAGGAUGUUUCCCUUUUGACCGUGACCUUUGAAACCAACCCUCCAGAUAAACUUUGUGACUCGAGAGUGAAGGUCCAUUUCCGGCCAUUAGAGAUUAUCUAUGAUGCAAUUUCAGUCAAUGGAAUGUCGUCUUUCUUCACUCCUCCAGAAUCUGUCAGGCUGAAACAACUAUCCAAUGCGGCCAUGGCCAAGUAUGAUGACAUUAAGGCACAGACAGCCGCUGGGGUGAUGUACUUGGCAGAACAGCGAAAGUAUGCGGACAUUGAUAUUAUGAUGAUGCCUUCAUACAUCAUAGUACCAGAAACUGGAGAGUUCAGGAAGGAUGUCAAUAUGUUGCUCCUGAAUCUUGGCCAACUGACAGUGAAGAGUGAAAAGACUCAGGAAAUCACCAAAGACAUUAAAGAUUUAUCACCUAUGGAGCUCACAGACAUUGCCUAUGACAAGUUCCACCUCAAGCUUGAUAAUCUGCAGCUCUUGUUUGUUCAACCAGGUGAUGAUUGGCAUGAAGAGAUGGCUGCCCCCAUGUCUCAUUUGUUUAUCUUGCGGCCCCUGUCACUCAAUCUACUUGUGGAGAAGUGUAUCAUUGCUAAUGAUGCCAGCUUGCCAAUGCUGAAGACCAAAGUCUUGUUGCCAUUAAUUUCACUGAGCAUCUCUGACAGCAAACUGAACAAGAUCAUGAAUUUAGCAAGCAGUAUUCCAUUACCUGAACCAGGCCAACAAGAGAUAAAGGAUUCUUUUAAUGAAGCUGAUUUGAGCUUUUUUGAAAUCUCUUCCGGAGUUGAGCAAGGGUUUGCAGGCAUUAAGGCCCAUUCAACUACAACACCAGAUUAUACCAACAAGACUCAACUAGCCUUAACCUUUGAACUCCACAAGAUUUCUAUUGAAAUCUUAGAGACUGUGGACAAGAUGGAAGUGCCAUUCCUGAAACUGAUAGUUAACAACAUUGGACUUAGUGUGAAAGUUCGAUCAUUUGACAUGGCUGUGCAAGGUUGGCUGGGAGCUGUCUACUUGCAACAUCUUCAGUACGUUGUUUCUGAAGGAAUCAAAGAGCAACUGAAAAAAUUUGAAGUGAAAACAGGUGAAAUGAUUAACAUUAUCAAUACCCCAUUCCUUGAGGAUGAUCAGUACUUGCUGUACAUCAAUUACUUACAGGCUGACAAAAAAUGUCCUGAUUUUGCAACAACAUACCAGAACAUAGCCCAGUCUAUCACAGUAGAAUUUUCUACACUGGACAUAAUCUUACACCAUGGUGUACUCAUCAGCUUAAUGCAGUUUGCCCAGAAGUUUCAGCCCCAAGAGGUAGUACCUACACCCAAAGAUAGUUUUGAACGGAAGUCAAGACAAAGCAGCAUGACAUCUCUUGGAUAUUCAACUUUCUCUAAUUUAAGAGACGCCAGCAGAGUCAGCAGCUCCAUGAGCAAGAAGUCAGUGGGAAUUGAAGUGGUGAUGAUGAAACUAAAGGGAGUGAUUGACAGUAUCCAGCUUAGUCUGUGCAAUGAGAUGAGUAUAGUCAUGCACUCCAAGAUUGAAGGGAUUGAACUAGGAGCUAGGAAAUUGAAGGACAAGUUAGGCCUGACUGCAAUGAUGAGGAAAAUUGAAUUGAUUGAUCCAGACCCAAAGACAAAAUACCCAAAGAUUUUCUCUGUCACUGGUGGAGACAUGUUGAAAUUUGAGAUGAUCCAGUUCCAGAAUGGGACAGAGGGGUAUAAAUUUGGCGAUGUCCAGAACAUUGACCUGGAUAUCUACGUCCAGCUAGGCCGAGCUCGUAUUGUCUUUGUCAACAAGUUCAUUCUUUCCCUUAUAAAUUUCCUUGACAACUUCUCCAUUGCCAAGACCAAGUUAGACGAAGCAAGCAAGGCAGUGAAAGAAGCCUCCAAAGACGUGGCUAAAAAUAUCCAGGAAAAUGCUCCGAGGAUAAAGUUGGAUGUUGCGAUAAAAGCCCCACUGGUGGUCAUCCCCAAGUCCUCCAGGUCACUGGAGGUCAUGAUGAUCAACCUGGGGGAUAUCAACAUUGUCAACAAAUUUGAGAGGCGGGACAAAACUGAGCCUGCUCACCGGGCACACAUCAUGGAGCAAUUGGUGGUCAUGCUGACCAACCUGAGACUUUCCCGAGGCUUGCUGAUCAAUGAGGAUGGAGCCAUUAAUUGGGAGAUCACCAUAUUGGACCCCAUCACAUUCAAAGUGAACAUUUUGAGGAACCUAUCGACAGGGUGGUACCAUGGUGUUCCCGAUAUUGAAAUUGGCGGGCUUCUGGAAACUAUUAAUAUUCAAUUGAACAAAGAUGACCUUGCCUUGGCAAUGAAUAUAUUGGUGGGCAACUUGAAGGAGAGAAAUCCCAAUGACUUGAUCACCAUCCAGGUUGAUUCAGCUACUAACAUAGCUGCUAAAGCCGAGGUGACAUCCCUUGAUUUUAAGCUGGCUGAUAGUGAAACAAAAACAGUCAUCCAUGAGGAGGUCUACACCAGCACGAAGCUGGAUUUCAAACUAUCUUCUAUCAUUGUACAGUUAUACAGAGGACGUGUCAACAUGGAAGCUGGAGAGAAGACCAGGUCAAGUAAGAAAAUGCUGUCCCAGUUGUGUCUCCAUAACCUGUUCCUUGCUGUGGAGAUGAAAUCUGACCAGUCGCUGCUGGCCAAGAUGGCCUUGGUGGACUUCACCAUGGACGACUGUCGGGCAGAAAGAGAAGGAGGCAUUACUAAGCUGAUCCGCCGCACAGCUCACAAGAACAAGGCUAGAGAAACAUUAAGCAGUCAUACGACCGCCAACGACUCUGACAUCUUUAUUGACCUCCUUUAUAAACAAGAUGCCGAGCAAAACAAAAUAGUCCAGCUUCAGAUAUGUUCCAUACAUGUCUGCGUGUGCCUGGAGUUUAUCAUGAAAGUGAUGGAUUUCUUCAUGAGUAGUGUGCCAGCAGCACCAGUGGUAGUCAACAAGCAGACCCAUUCACUGUCUGUAAAGACCAAAAAGACAGAAGUGAAACCUCCACCGCCUCCUACUGUACCUGAGAAGUUUGUUGGCUCCAUGGAUAUUGUGGUCAAGGUGGCCAAGCCAGAGAUCUACAUGAUAGAGGAUCAGAUGAAUCCUCACACCAACAGCCUGAUUGUAGAUGUUCAGCUGGACUUUAGACUGAGAAUCAAUCCUGACGUCAUUAACAUUAAUGGUUCCAUCAAGGAGCUGAGUUUGGUCUCCUGUAUAUUUGGUCAGCCUGAAAAACAGCAAAGUAUCUUAAAAAAGACUAGACUUGUGUCAUUUCUGGAGAAGACACUUCUAGAGAUCUGCUAUAACUACUAUGAACAUACCUGGGAGAGGCUGCCAGUUUUAAUCUAUGUCCUUCAUCCUGUCGAUAUAGAUUUAAUGGCCAAUGGUCCUAAUGGUAAGGACCAUCACAUUGAUGUCAUUAUCUCAGACUUUAUUUUUACCAUAUCACCACCUACAAUUCGUCUGAUCACAUCAAUUCUGAACAGCAUGUAUGAAAUAUCUCCUGAAGAUGUAGUGAAACCAGUGCCAAAAGAUCAUUCUAACAUUUGGGACUUAAAACCACUGGACAAAUGUGACUUCUGGUUCACACAGUCAGGUUUAAAAGGAAACAAAGAGAAAGGGGAUGAUUCAUCUGUGGAGAUUGGGCAAGUCCUGGAAGAAGAUGAUGUUUCAGAUGUUAGGGGAGAACUGACAUCUCUAGGGAAUAUAACCUUGAUGCUGUACAAACAAGACGUCCUGAUUGAACUCUUGGCCUCCUACCUGGACAUGAUCUAUCACCAAGUGUUGGAUCAGUUUAUUCCUCUCCUGUCCUACACUAACCUGAUCAUGAAUGCCCCUGUCGUUAUCAUCAAGCUGGAGGGAGGCAUUGGGCAUCGUACUGUUCCACUUCUCAUGGUGGAGUCGUCCUUCUCAUGUCAGGUUCACAACUGGACCUCAGAUCUUUUUUUCGAGAGCACCCUGAGCUUGGAGAUUGCUUACAAUAAUGAAAAGAAUGGAGUCUGGGAGCCACUCUUGGAGCCAGUCGUAGACAAAUCUCAGAUGCACAAGUGGGAGCUAGCAAUUAAUAUGCUCAAAAAUGAUCCGAUUCAAGUUGUUAUGGACGAGGAUCCUUUUGUCAUCCCGCCCCCUAAGCUGGUCAUUAACGUGACGGCAUCGCAGCCACUGCAACUUAUUAUGACCAAGACAUGCCUGGACGUCUUAGCUAACCUUAGUCAGGCUUUCAGUGAAGCUUACAACUUGAGAGAGAUGGAAGGGAAACUUGGACAAAAAAUUGUGCCUUAUGUCUUUAACAAUGAAACUGGACAGAAAAUGGCCAUGAAGCUGGAUGCAAGCUUUAAGUUGAGUGAGAAUAGUACCAGCAUAAACCUGAAUGAAAUACCUUCCCCAAGUGAAAUCUCAGUUGAGGUCACUUCAUCAAAGACUCUGGCCAAAUCAUCUUCAAUCAUCCGAGCCACACAAUCGCAAGAAGAGAAGAGGAUCAGUUUUAUGAUUGAAGGUGCCUCUACCAUGUAUGAGAUGCCAAUCAAACAAGCCAGAAAGAGGCUGUUCCAUAUCAACAACAUCAGCAUUUUGGCCAGUAAUGAAGUCUUUGUUGGACAGAAAAUCAUAACAUUUAGUUCGGCUGUCAUUGUAAAGAAUCACUUGUCUUGCCUGGUGAAUGUGCUAUACAAAGAUAGCCAUGAGGUCAAAUUGUGUGGACAAGUGUUCCCAGACCAAAAGUUUUGUAUACCCAUCAAUGCUGUUUAUAGUUCCACUGGAGAAAUCUUUUUCCAGCCCCAGCCUGAGAAUGAAAGCUACCUGAUCUCUAAAGAAAGUAUCAAUGUGAAGACCUACUUGCCAGAAGUCAACGGUAAAAUUGUACAAUUUAGUUGCCCAGUGGAACAGCUGGACAUUGGAGAGAGUGAGAUCUACUAUUUUAAUGUGAUGCUGGAUCUGGAGUCAGUGUACAAGGAGAACACCGAUGAGAUGACAGAGAAAAUAAUGACAGUACAUCUCCACCCCAACAUUAUUCUACACAAUUUACUUCCUAUUGAUGUCACUUACAGUAUGGAGAAGAGUUCCGCAGUUUUGACCCUACCAGCUGGACAGCACCAGGCACUGAUCAAUGCAUCAGUGAAUGAAACUACAUUGGUAUUAGAGCAGCCUUUGGAAAUAACGAUCCCUAACUACAGAGGUAAUUCAUGGAUUGGAAAGAAACAGGUCAGGUUAGGUGUGCCAGAACUGAGUGUCUGGACUUUUGAAACUACCUUGCCAGUAGAAGAGGAUAAAAAACCAAAGAAAUUGACCAUGGACCUGGGCUUGCACUGUUCAGAAAAUAGUGGCAGUUUUGAUAUGACACUGUACUGCCCCUAUUGGAUUGUUAACUUGACCUCUAGGACUAUAGCUCUAAAAGAAGAUGAAAAAGAGGCUCCGUUUGUCCAAGAUGCUGAGGAUAAAGAAGUCAUGCUGUAUUUCUUCCGAGACAAACCUUUCUUUGGAGGAAAUAGGAGGAAGGAAACAGAGGCAAUAAUUAGGACGGAAACAGAGGCAAUAAUUAGGACGGAAACAGAGGCAAUAAUUAGGACGGAAUCAUCCAGUGAGAAGAAGAAAGAGAAAGAAAAAGUCAGAGAAUUAAAAACGCCAGGCAAAGUCAUCCUAAAAAUUGAUGAUUCUGAGUGGUCCGAUAAGUUUUCUUUGGACACUGUAGGAACUGGGGGUAACGUGAUGUGCAAACAUAAAGCUGGAGGCUACAUCACUGAGGUGGGCAUUACUAUCAAACUGACCUCUUCUGGCUUGACCAAAGUGGUGACUUUCACUCCAUUUUAUUUACUGCUAAAUGCCUCUGAUAUACCUCUUCAUGUGAAAGAAUCAGAAAAAGAGGACGAGAUAAUUCUUGCACCAGAAGAAUGUAAACACUUCUACCCGAAAUCAAGCCACAAAGAAAUGAAAAUCCAAGUUCGACCAUUUGACUCGUUAAAAUUUUCCACUCCAUUUCACCUGAACAAAGCUCACACAACUCUGCUCAAGAUUAUAGACAAGUAUGGAGGACUACAGGCUGAAUGUCACAUCAGUGAGUCCUCUAUGAUCACCACUUUUCAUCUCUACAAAACUGGGAUGGCCACUGUCCUGUUAGUCAAUCAUACAUCACAGUGUGUCAUUACCUUUAGACAACAGGGAACUAAAGAUGUUGAAGUAGAGCUACAGCCACAGACAUCGCAACUUUACACCUGGUCCAACCCCACUGGUAUCCGGGAGAUAGUCUGGUCAUGUGGUCUCAAGAAAGAAAUGAAACAUGCACUAGAUAGAGAUCAUAUCGAGGAGUUUUUUGCGCAGAGUGAUGUCAAAGUUUACUUCGUCUCAUUCUUAGAUGGCCUUCAGCGAGUGGCCAUGUUCACCCAGGAUGUCUGGUUGGCCAAUUUAGCGCAAGAGGCUGGUGAACUGGAACAAGCCGAUCAAGAACUUAAUCUCAAGAUUCAUGACAUGGGCUUUUCCCUGGUCAACAAUGAGCUCUGCUUAGAACUGGCUUACAUGGGAAUCACCAGCUCUGGAGUGAUCUGGGAAGAGAAAAAGAAAAAAUUCAAGGCUGUGACCAUCAAAGACAACCUGAUCCUAGAGCAUGCCUACCAGAAGUAUUUACUGGAUAAAGAGAUGAAGAAAUCAAAGGAAGGCCCAACGGUUCUGGAAAACAAAUUUGAGGUGGACUUUGACAAGAUGAUAUUAGUGAAACCUCGGCAAGCUGAGCUCAGGCGCAGUUUUGCUGAUGGCAUUUGGGUACAGAUGAGGCAAUCGCCUCACUCUACGCAACUCCAUGCAAAGAUCAACCGCCUGCAGUUUGACAACCAACUACGUCAUGCUGUAUUCCCAACCAUACUGUCGCCACUGCCUCCACCUAGAUCAGUGGCAGCAGAAAGUAUUCCUAAACCUUUUAUUGAAGUCAGUUUGAUGAACAAAAUACAUGAACACAGUAACCUUGUUCAGAUCAAGUAUUUCAAAGUUUUAAUUCAAGAAAUGAACUUGAAGGUGGACCAAGGCUUCCUCAGUCAGCUAUUAGCCAUGUUUGCCUCGGAUAUUUUAGCAUUGAGAGAUCAAGAGCCUACCCUGUUUCAAGCUGAUGUGGACAGCACAAAACUAAGUCUGAAGGAAGUAGCUGGUGUUUCCAUCCAGGCCCAGAGGGUCAGCUUCUAUGACUAUUUCCACAUUUCACCCAUCAAGAUCCAUGUGAGUUUCUCCCUCCAAGGAGGUUCCAUGAAAGACACCCCCCAGGCUCACAUUAUGGGAGUCUUCUUACAAAGUGUUGGAGUUGUCCUCACAGAUGUCCAAGAUGUUGUCUUCAAGCUUGGCUACUUUGAAAGGAAUUAUACUUUUUACAACAAUACACAGUUGACCAAUGAGUUUGUUAGACAUUACAGUGGACAAGCUGUCAAACAGAUGUACGUUCUUGUCCUAGGUCUGGAUGUGCUUGGCAAUCCAUUUGGUCUUCUCCGUGGACUGUCUGAAGGCAUUGAAGAUCUUUUCUAUGAGCCCUACCAGGGAGCUAUCCAAGGACCUGGAGAGUUUGCUGAAGGUCUGGCACUUGGUGUCAGAAGUCUAUUUGGUCAUGCAGUUGGUGGUGCUGCUGGUGCUGUCUCCAGAAUCACGGGCACUCUGGGCAAAGGUCUGGCAGCUCUCACUUUAGAUGAUGACUAUCAGAAGAAGCGCAGAGAGCAACUCAACAAGCGUCCAGCCACCGCAAGUGAAGGGUUUGCUCGUGGAGGCAAGGGCUUAGUCAUGGGUGUGUUUGAUGGUGUGACAGGUAUUGUCAGGAAGCCAGUGGAAGGUGCCAAGCAAGAAGGUGUCACUGGAUUCUUUAAAGGUGUGGGUAAAGGUUUAGUUGGUGUGGUGACACGCCCAACAUCUGGUGUAGUGGACUUUGCCAGCAGUACUCUGGAGGGAGUCCGAAGGAUUACUGACUUCACGGAUGAGAUCCAUCGCUUGCGUCCAGCUCGUAGAUUUAACAAAGACGGCAUUGUGCGUCCAUACAUCUUGGAAGAGGCUGAAGGUUUCAAUUUGCUAAGGGAGACAGACAAGGGUCAGUAUGUUGAUACUGAUGAAUAUGUUGCCCACUUCAAGGUCAAGGAAGAUGGAAAGACUGUCUUUAUCGUCACAGACAAACGAAUCUUGCUGGCUAAGAGAGGUGAAUUAUUUGGCACCUGGGAUUCUGAAUGGAUGUUUACCUACCAGGAACUUAAAGGGGAGCCAAAAAUUACCAACAAAGGCCUGGAAAUCACUUUAAAGACUGAAAAGAAAAAAAUGUUUGGAUCUAAUGUGACAAAGAAAGAUCUUCACACAGAUCUCAAAGUGGCUCAGCUGAUCCUGAGUAAGAUUCAGGAAGUUAUGGCGAUGGAGCGUGUUGAAAGUGGAGUGUAGUCGCACUAGAUAACUGCUACGAUCGGUGUAUCACUAUGCCCUGCAUUCAACAGACAGACAAGGAAAAAUAAUUAAGGAUUACCUUCAGACCGUUUAUUUCCUACAUUGAUACAUCUCUCUCUAGAGAAAUAAUAGAAGUAGAAUCAUUUUCUUUUUUUUUUUUUUUAUUUAUAUUUUAAGCUUGACUUUUGAGAGGAUUUCCAUUAACUCUAUUAAUUUUAUUCUAUCACAAAGUGACUUUUGACCUUGACAUUUCAUGAUAACUUCAUUCCUCCUUUUGUGUGUGUGUGUGUGUGCAUACAAGAGUUACCCUUCUUUGAAAAUACUCGACUAGAAAUGUGUGCUAUGUAUGUUUACUUUUACUAUGAAUAUUUUGAUUUCGUACAUUUUUUUUUAAAAAAGUAACUAUACAAUCCCUUAUAGAUUAAUGUCUGUACUAUACAAUAAAUUGAUUUAUUUUUGUAAAAAAUACAUUUACCAUUGUAUAAAAAAUUACGUUUAUAGUUGUUUUUUUUGCUUAUCUAUAAUUUAAUUUAAUUUUUUUUUUUGCUUUGCUUUAAUUUUUUGUUCAUUCUUUGUGUUAGUUAUGUUAGUAAGACUUAAAAUCAUUUUGUGUUCAUUCAUUUUUUUAUCUUUUAUUUUAUAAUCUAAUGCUUUUGAUUGAUUAUAAUGUCUUUUUUCUGGGUUUUUAAUUGAAUCUUAUUUUAAUGUUUCUUGUCUCUCCGCUAAUAGUGCAAUACUUCUUUGAAGUUGUUUUUUUUUUUUUUCAUUCUUCGAGACGUGUGAAAAUAUUUUAAUCAUCGGUUGAGUCUCGAUAAAACUUUGCAAUAUCUAUACAUCCGUGUUCAAGUGGGUUUGUACUGUUAGCAUCAUUCUCUGGUCAUGUGAUUCAUCAAGUCAUUGGGCUCUCGUUCUGUUGAAACCUGUGGUUUUGUUUCUAGCUAUUUUGUAUAUCCAUCACUUGAAUUCUACUGCUUUUAGUUUCAUUUUAAAAUUCUUUCCAUUGAAUAAUGUACAAGGCUUCACUUAUUGAAUACAAUCAUCUUAUUAAUAUCUCUUAUAGCUUUAAAUAGCUGGGUAGUCAACAAUAGUUACUACCAUUUGUGAAUAUAAGAAUUGUAUGCAUACAGUAGAUGGAAUGUAUCUUUUCAUAGAUUGAACUUACUUUAUACUGUGGAUAGAUUCACAGUAGAUCAUAGUAUUUAAAAAAAAUAAUAUUGAUAGGUACUUAUCCAAGAUUCAUAUUAAUUAGCAUAUUUCAUUUAAGGCUAUGUUAACUUUAAUAGAAAUUAAAAACUUAGAAUUAAUGUUAGUAUAUUUACUAACUCUAAGGUAAAUCAUAUAUCAAUACAUGUUUAUAACUUUAUUGAAUCAGUUCUGUGUUACAUUAAUUAUCAAUACUUGUCUGACUCUAACUGUACUGGAUCAGUAUUGUGACACUGCAUCUCAAGCUUCUCUCGCUGAUAUUUAGGUUCAUUGGCAGCAAAUAUAUUUCUCUUUCUCCUAACGAAACAAUAUGUGAUUUUGAAAUACGUCACACAGGCUCUAAUUGAUCAGGACUUGAAAAGAAAAAUCAUUCUGCUGUUUCUUUUUUCAGUUUAAUUAUUGUGCUUUUUGUCUGGGGCCUUCUUUUAUUUGUUUGUUCUUUUUUAUAUUUUAAAACGAUUUUUCUAUUUUUUUUAAUAUGCAUAAACAAAUAAAUCAUAAUUUUUUUGUUGUUAUAAUGCUAAUCUUUUUCAAAUGAAGUUGAUCACACUGAACUCCCAUCAAUGGAAGACUUGCAAACUUUGAAUGUAUAUACUGUAGAGUGAACUCAAAUAUUUGUUUGCAAUACUUUAAACAGCUCACAGAUAAUGUUCAGCUCCACCAGAGAUAUUUUGAGCUUUCUAUAUGAACUACCAAUAAUUGUAGUAACUUUCCUUUAUCUUCCUUGCAUGUAAACUAUAACACAGCUUAUGAAUUUCAAUUAUCAUGAAAGGAAAUGUUAAUUUUUAACUGUUUCAGUUUGUGUUUAUUCAUAUUAAAAAAAAACUCUUCCCAUAUCUUGAUCUCAUUAAUAUUCUUCUAUGUUCUGUAAUAUCUAGAUCAAUGUCUUGAGGAGAUUCUCGUUGCCUUGUUCAAUCAGAUAUAAUACUUAGGGUUCAAGGGCACAGAUCAAGGGUUGAAGCAUGGGAUUAAAAGGUUGGAGAUGUUACAAAUCUGUAAAUACAUUUUCUGCCAGUGAAAGCUGAAAACAUGUCUGUCAGAAAGAAGGGGACAUAACUCACACAUGAAGGCACAUAACUAUAUUUUCCCACACACAGGCACUAGAUUUUUUUUAAAAGUCAAUACGCUUAUUCUAUAAACUGUAUGGUUGCCUUGAGUUAGUAAAGAUUGAAAUUAUCUACUGCUUCCUCAUUGGCUAUUUUUUUUUUCUGUGGCAGCCAAUUUUUUUUUUGACUUCUUAGUUGGCUGCAUACUAUACAAGUUUGCUAAAACAUAGACAUGCAUAUUAUUCAACAAAUCUAAAUAGAGUUGGUAGAGGGCCAAGCUGACAACUUGGAACUACUUUUUCAACCCUAGACUUAGUGGUGUGUGCUAUUUUAUUUUGAGAAUGUAUUUCUUUGUUUCCUUUUGUGUCUUGUGUAACAAGUUGUAACAAUGUUGACAUUUUUUGUUUAUGUUACUUAGUUAUUGUUAUAGUAUCUCAUGUACUAUUAUAACCAAAUGUAAACUACACAGGAAAUAAUUUUUAAAAAGAAAGCCAUCACUUAACUACAUUUGACUUUUGUUUCCUAAGAAAUGUUUGUCAAGGAUGAUAUGAACUGUCUACAGUCCAUAAGUAUCAGGGGUACAAUGGCUGAGUGGUACAGCAUUUUGGCUGCAGAACAGAGGGUUUGAAUCUUGGUGAUGACUGGGAUGUCAAAUUUUGGGAUUUUUAGUAUGCCUCUGAGUCUCUAACAAAAAUGGGGAAGUAAGGAGGCUGGUCAUUGUGUUGGCCACAUGACUCCUCAUAAACUGAUGGCCAUAAAACAGAUGACCUAUACAUCGCAAGGUCUGAAAUGGUUGUUUUAUUUAAACUUUUCUUUUAUUACAGUGAAGUUUUUUUUUAAAUAUAUUUCUACAGCAAUAAAAAAGUAUUAAAAAAUUGGAAAAUAAAUUGUUUCCUGUGUGGUGUUGAAACAGUGCAUACAAUUUAGUGAUUGUAUCUGCAAUGUUUGUGUUCUAUAUUUAGUAAUGGCUUUUAGGUGACGUUUGUUUUAUUUCAUUUGUAUUUUUUUAAUUUUUUGAGUGUUGUCUUACAAAUAUUGUUUCGUUUCAUUGAAUUGUUUGGUUUUAAAUUUCACAAUACUUUGCGUAUAGUCACUAUGCUAAAACUUGUAGUUAAAACUUCUGCUGCAAUAGGUGAUUGAUGAAUAAAACAAAUUCUAUGAA